AUGAAGUUCAUCAACACUCUUGUCUUCGCCGCUGCGGCCUCUGCUGCCCCCACUGGCCUCCCUCUCAACAUCAACUCUGAUGACAAGCUCGUUCAGCAGCUUGACCGCAUGCUUGAGCUUGUCGACAACAUUGACCUCACCGCUGAGUCCUUUGACAAGGGCGCUGCUAAGGUCAUCAGUGAAAUCGACACCACUGGUGUCCUGACCGGCACUCCUGCCAAGGUCAACGCCCGCAGCGCCAUUAAGCUCAACCUCAAGGACCUCCUCGGCGAGAACAAGGAGACUGACUUCGAGUUCAACCCCAAUGAGCUUAUCAGCUCCGAGGGCAUGUUGACUAUUGUCAAGCGUGAGAUCAUCCCCGAUAACUUCGACCCCAAUGCCAUCACCAAGCUUGGCCCCAACCCCACUGUCCAACAGAUCGUUGAUGCUCUGCACCUUGAUCUUCCCGACAAGGCCAAGCCCUACCUUAACGGCAAACGUCAGCUUGGUGGCACCCUCGGUGCCGCUGGCUCUGCCAACAUGCAGACCGUCGGUGCUCUCAACAAGCUCGGCGAUGAUGCCACUGUCAAGGACAUUCUUACCGCCUUGAACGUUCCCAUUGACCCCAAGGCCGCUCCUUACCUCAACGGCAAGCGCCAGCUUGGCCCCGUUGAUCUUGAUGCUGUUAGCAAAAUCGGUGACAACGCCACUGUUAAGCAGAUUCUUGAUAUCCUCCACGUCGGUGUUGACCCCAAGGCUGCCCCCUACCUCAGCGGCAGCAAGCGUGAGGUUUCUGUUGAUGACGGCUCUGUCAAGGAUAUCGUUGCCGAUUACGUCGACAAGAUCACCAAGGAGUCUGUUGAUAACACCGCCAUCCACAUUGCCGGCGGCGCUCUUGACGUCUAA